CAACAGCUCUGCUCCGUGAAGCUAAAGGUAUGAAUACCCUGACUUCCGUGGAGGCUGCUUCUCUGUAAAUGCUGUGUGGCCACUUCAGACGCCAGAUUUGUACUUUAAUUGUUACCCAGAAAUGAUUUGAUAAAAACAGCUGCAUUGAACGUUUUCGCAUAAUAAACACUGAACAAACAGUCUCUCUCUUGGUUUACAUCAUAUCGCUCAACAUCAGUGGACAGUCACCAUGUGGAUCUCUGUGUGUCUGAUCAGCUCUUUCCUUCAUAUCACUGCAGGCUGCACUCAAUUAGUCACUAACUAUGGUAAGAUCACUGUCUACUCAGGCCAGUCUGUUCUCCUGCCCUGCUCCUGUAGUAAAACCCAGGCUAAACAUCCCAGCUUCACAUGGAUUAAACUCAGAGGUCAACAGACACCUGAGAUAAUACCAACCCAGAGUGAUCUGUACAGAGGCAGAGUGGAGAUGUUUAAUAACAUCUCUCCUGGGAACCUCUCUGUCCUCCUCUCACACGUCACCGAGGACGAUCAGGGGUGGUACAGGUGCCAAAUCAGCCGUGAAAAAUGCAGCGACGUCGAACUCGCUGUUAAAGGCUGCACUCUGUCAGAACCUCGAUCAAGGGUGGUCAAUGCAUCCCCAGGCCAGUCUGUUCUCCUGCCCUGCUCCUGUAGUAAAACUCAGGCUAAACCUCCCAGCUUCACAUGGACUAAACUCAGAGGUCAACAGACACCUGGGAUAAUACUAACCCAGAGUGAUCUCUACAGAAGCAGAGUGGAGAUGUUUAAUAACACCUCUCCUGGGAACCUCUCUGUCCUCCUCUCACACGUCACCGAGGACGAUCAGGGGUGGUACAGGUGCAAAAUCAGCCAUGAAAAAUACAGCGACGUCAAACUCACUGUUGAAGACAUUCCAACAUUCCUAAUACCAACAACGUCACCUAAAGGGGCAGACACAGUGGGGACUUCAGAAGAAGAUCCAUCUGCUUCCCCUCAACAAUACAAUACAAUACAAUACACCUUACUGGCUGUUCUACCAGUCAUACUGAUCAUCUCUGGAGUGGCUUGGUACAUAUACAAGAGAAACAAAGGAAAGAAAAACACAGGAGAGAAAAGUAGUGGGAGUAAAACAGAAGGAGAGAAAAAGGAUGAUCCCUCUGUAAUGUAUGAUACAGUUCAAGAACCCAGAAACAACAACCAAGAGGAGACACCAACACCCCUCAAUGCUCCAGAGGAUCCCUCAGUGACAUACUCCACCAUCGUCUACAUGAAAGGAAAAAGGAACACAGCAGUGAGUCUGGAGAGCGGUGGAAAAACAGAGUAUGCCACUAUCAAGACACGCACGUUCUCCUAGAGCCACUGUACUGUAUGACCUACUGCCAUCUCACAGCCUUUUCCUGCAGAGUGAUCUCAUAUUGGGCCCAGUAUCAAGAGGUUUGAUCUGGCACACAUGACUAUAAAUAUAUUUCACUCUCUACUAAGACAUGUUAAGUGGUUAUCACAGGAAAUCAGAUGUUAACCUACAACCAAAAUAAUAAAGUCUCAGAGAUAUAGUCAAGAUGAUUGGUGAAGCAAUAAGAUACCAUUUUAUUUUUGUGUAGCUGAGACAACCAAAGCACCUUAUAUGGCUUAAAGUUCAGCUAGUUCUCUUUUUAUAUCGUUGUUGUGCAUUUAUUUUUAAAUAUGUGAACUUUUUGAAAUAGACACGGAUGCUUUCAGACAUGUUUGAGAAAAAGGAAAAUGUGGUUUGAUGUGUCAAAGCAAAAAAAACACAGAUUUCACAAUCAGUUUUGCAAGAGGUUGCUUGGGUGGCUAUCAUCCAUCUUAAUUUUGUAAGGGGUGCGUGACUGGCUGCAGGGAAGUCAGGCGCAGGAGAGCAGAACUGGGUAAAACCCGAAGCAG